UGAACCUUCUUCCCAGAAUUACGUUACAUGUUGUUGCCAUGUGAUAGAUGACAGCAGAAAAGUAGUCUGACAAAACAACCUCUGACAUGGAGGGUGAUAUGAAGCAAAAGGUGUGGCACUAAAUUCAUCCACGUGGAGAAGAUAACAUCCAUGAACAUUUAGACCCUUGCUGAACAUUUCUGGAGACCAAACAGUGGAUGUGAGCACAGUGAGGCAAGGGGGGUAGUGCAUUUCAGCAGUGGAGGCACAGAGUCACCUCUGCUGGUGCAGACUUCUCUUUUUAAUGAGCACAGGAUGAGGGCUCCUGCCCACAGCUGGUGAAAAUGCAUAGUUAAGAGUGGUGUCUGUUGAAACAAAGUAGUGUUUUGUAGAAUUUGCUUUAUCAAAUAGUGUUACUGCACUCUUUGUAUAUUAAUUUGCACGGAAAAAAAUACAGGAAGCAUUACUUCUGGAGCAUCCAACAUACUACAGUUUUGAUAAUAUUUUACAUUAUAUUCUACAAUAAGUUAACUGCUGCAGCUGCUAGUUUCACAGUGUAAUUUUCUUAUAUUAGUUUUAACAUAUCAAGAUCCUUUUAUUUCCAGGGAGUAUUUAGAGAAAACUUCAGUCUGGAAGGGCAGAAGACUGAUCUAGAACAAAUCAAUAAAAUAAACAGCAGCAGGUUUUUAGGAGUGGAUGUUGUGCCCUGAAAUUUAUAAGAAACUAAGAAACGAAUUGUCAGAUCAUUAACUGUGAUGUGCAGAAUGCCAUUUAAAUCAACUUCAGAAUUAUGAAUCUGGAAAGCAGCAAGAAUACACAAAGAAAAGCACAAGGAAUGAGGGAACUCAAAGUACAGAAGUCUGAUCUCUGCACAAGGAGAUAGUAGAAUUACAGUAAAGCACAAAAACUACUCAAAUACAGUAAAACAGACUGUAUGACAGUUGAACAACUUCCCUCUCUAAACAUUUUUAAGGAGGUGGCAUGAAGGUGAGCAGAGGUGAUACUGUUAACAAUACUUUUCCAUUUUUGGAUGUGAGACGUAAUCUGGUGAAGCCCCAAAGGUAGAAUGAAGACUGCUUUCACAAUAGAAAGCCAUAAUUAAUAGAAGAAAAUGCCAUAAUUAUAUGGAAGUCCAUAAACAUGUGAAAUACACUGAUAUUAAUAGUAGGUAUCCUUUUUAAAGCUCAAGGUUGCCAGUAACAAAUGGAGUUGUUGCAUUGUUUUAUAUGUCUGCUGCUGACCACCAAAAUAUAUUUAGCUAGAUGAACUGCAAGUGCUAUCAUUAUUAUAACAAGAUAUUUUGAAGUGACAGAUUUAAGUUUUCUGUCUGUCUCCCCCUGCCUCAAACUGUGCCAUUUAUUAUAGAUAAAUUGAUUUUUCCAGAUGUAAUCUCUGCAUGCUCAUGCCUGCAUGAGAACUAUGUGUCGUAUGAGAAGUGGAACCAGAACUUUGCCCCCAUGCUUUUGGGUGAAAUGAGUUAUUUUAGGAGCUUAUACUCAUCCAUAAUAACUGAAAAGAAAUGAUCUCAAAAUAUAUUUUUAUGCUGGCUCAGCACUUUUCCAUCCUGCUCUGUUUAGAAACCCUGAGUCAUCAUCUGGACUACCUUGAACUCUGUGGAGAUGACACCAAAGCUGAAGAACAGAUCACUGAAAGUUUAAAUGGGAUUCUCCAGGCUCUGACUGAAGAUAGCUAAGUAUCACUCUAGAUCACUUUAACUGCUUACUCAAUAUGAAAGCAUUCAUUAAAGCUUUUCAUCUUUCAUGAUAAUCUGUAUUACAAGCAAUUAACAUUGCCACUAUAGAUCUCACCAGCGUGUUUUAUUGUUUUCCUUUCUGUCAGCCUACUCUCUGAAUUGUGACCUAUUAAAGUCAUGAAAAUACUUUAAGAUGCAAAGAAAUGCCAAAUUUAGGGUUCAACUUCAUACAAAACAAGCUCUCCUAGAACGAAAACUGAUAUCCUAUCAGAAUAUAUGCCUAAUAGCAACAUUUAGCUCAGAUAUAGGUACAGAACAUACUGACCCCCAGAACAUGUUUCAAAGAGUAUAUAGUAAUUAAUGUGAAUUUAUAAGUAACAGAUCUGGAAGAAAAAUAUUAAAUUGCUCCAACUGCUUGAAUUAUUUUAUCUCUAAAUUACAACAUGGAUCUUGGAGAAGAAAAUCCAUAACCUGUGUAAUAUAAAAAAGAUGUAACAGACUUAAAAUGCAGUGCAUUUGUUACUGAACAUAUUUCAUUUUAUAGCUAGUUAUGCUGCACAGUAAUCAUUAUGUAUAUGACCAAAAAAAUGACUUGUGGAAGUAAUUUCCAUAUGAAUAAGCACAAAGGUUGAUGUUCCCGAACCAUUAUACAGAUGAUUUAAUCAAAUACGCAGUCAAAAAAUACCAUAAAUUAGAAUAAAACAGAUUUGAUUCUAUUUAUUUGAUCACCCUCCUAAUAACACCAGUCUCAUUUUUUCUACAUCAGACUUCUAAGUAGAAGAAAGGCUCCAGAAAAUCAGAACUAAAAAACACUGCAGAUAAAAUAGGCAGGACAGACACUACAUUUGAGUUCUCUCUUUUUUUUUUUUUUUCAGCAAAGGCAACAGGGAAACUUUGUCUGUCUUUUAAUUCUUACUGAAGAAUCCGCUCACAAUCACUUAUUAAGAACCCAAAUAUGAAAAACCAGUGGUAGCAACCACUUUUUAUGCUUCUCUGAUCUCAUCGUGCCUUCCAUUCAUACACAUCGUCAGCUCACUAAUGCUGUUGCACAGAACUACACAAAAAGAUGUGACAGGCCUGCUCAGCCCAAAAAGCCUCUUCAAUGUUUCAGACAUCUUAUUUGCAGAGGCAAACUCAGCAUUUGAGAGGAAAGGAAUCAGGACAGCCAAGGGGGUAAUGACUUGUUAACCGAGAUCUAUUUAUUAUACCCCUUACUGAAGAAGGUUGCUUUACCUGUCAGCAUUCACGUGGCAGCAGUCCUUCCUCCUUCCAAGCACAGGGAUUUCACCAGUGGCCACACUGGUACGACAGCACGUUUCAUACAGCGCACCUAAACACCUCUCAGCUCACAGAAAACAAGUUACAAAAAUCUGAAGAAUAAAUACAGCAAUAGCAUCUCUAAAUAUUUCAGAGGCAUUUUGGAUGAUGAGAUCUGAAUUCUCACAGGCUGUCACCGAUCGUCAUGGUCUUUCCUCAUUAACCAGACUUCCUAAAUGCUUUUAUUUGCAUCCAGAUUAUAACGUCUUCAGCAAUAUCCACAGGCUGCUAUGUACUAGAGAGGAUUUAUUCCAAAACAUGUGAACUAUCUGUAUAUUAGUACGAAACCACAUUUGUAGUUAUCACAAAUGCUUGCAAUAUUAUUCAGCAUAUUUUUAACACAGACAGAUGUGCUUCAGCAUUCCAGGCCAAGAAAAGCACAGCAUCCAAAUUCAGCAAACAAAUAGAUUAGAAAUGUUAAGAAAAUCUUCACGUACCGAAUAGUACUUCAUUUACUAGCAAACAAAUAAAUAAGAUACCAUGGCUAUAACAUGGCUCGACAGUUACAGUUAUGCCAACUUUCACACACUAAGUCAGACCUCAACCUCCUUUUCUGUAUUUGUGUGAAGUCCUAAGACGACUUAGCUCUGCUAAGAAAGCUCAUUAACUUUUAACUAAAUUAUUAAGGAAUGACACUGCAAAGACAUUUCCAUAUUAUAGUACUCCUUUAUGUAACAACUUAAGAAGAAAAUGUGUCUAAAAAACUCAUUCAAUCACCCUUUACCUUUUAUAAACAGGACAAUCAAUAGGUGCAUUAUUCAACAGUCUCCCAGGGAUAGCUGGUUGAAAGCAAAUUAAUUGACUGAUCUACAUCUCAAAACUACAACAGUGUGUCUGGGUUGCAUAAUAGUCACAUUGUAUUGCAGUCAAAGCAAAAUAAUGAGAUGUACAGAAAUGGCUGGCACUGAAGUUUUAUACAACUAGUUACUGCUUCCUGUAGACCUUCUACAAUGAUACAACUUCUCCCAUAUCUAAAGCAAUCAAAGUCUGUUUGACCUAGGAAAUAAAUAAAUAUCUGCUUUGAAAGAGAAGCAUGUUAGAUGGGGUCCUUUGAUAGGUUGCUAACUAUGGCAUCAGAAAGAUUCUAAUUCUUAUAUCAAGAAAGUUCAUCAACUAUUUCAUUCAUCAGACAGCAUUCAUUUCAUUUUUGUUGUCUAGGGUCUGGUCUAAGACCUCCACCAGUCAGACAAGAAUUAAAUAAAUAGUUCUUUCUCUCCUUAGGAUAACAUCUUAAGGACUCUGCACACUUUCCAGAGAUGACAAACUUGCAUUUAUCUGAAUACCCUGGUGAAUGGUGAUUUACUACUUUAAGGACAAUUAGUCAUGCUUUUGAUGCAAAAAGUCUGAGGGAGUUCACUGUUCUAAUUGCUGGUCUAAUAAAAGAUAUUGUGCAUACCUACAAAAUUAAUGGCUAGGCCACGCAUCAGGAAUAGAAUCUUAAUCCAUGACUUCCCAUGUCUUAUGUAAGCAUCUUUUUAUAGUCAGAGAAGAUGAAAAUGUUUUCCUCUUUGCUUUGCCACCUGUGCUUCAGUUCAGCACUAAGUAGAAUAAUCAGAUGGAUAGACACUUGCUACAAUUUAAGCAGAUGAGUUUUACCAUAUAUUUAGACUGGGACAGGCUAAGUACCUUGUUAAACCAAAACCUUGGAUCCAAAGAUACACUCUCAUAACUCUAGGAAACCAAGCAAAGCCUAAGUAGUUCCAAAUCUAUAGCAAGUGUUGUAAACACUCUUAUUGUUACAGAGCAGAGAACCUUCCGCCUAAUCCAAGAGAGUGGGAUCUUCCUAUCUUUGGCAAAAAUCCUGAAAAGCAAUCCACGAUGUGCAGUAAAAGCAGCCCAGGUGCUUUCAGAGAUAGCUAAGAAUGGUAGGUUGUAUUUUAGCACAUACAACGUUACUACAGGGCACAUUAUAGCAUGUUAGCUGUGUUUUUCCACGUUUUAAUGCUCACCAGUUACUGGUCUUGCAAUUACAAUUGUUCUAUUGGCAAAGACUACAGUCCCUCUCCUUUAACAAUGCAGAUGAAAUGAAGAAACCGUGUAUUGAAGCAGAUUUGGUUCUGACCUUGAUACCUUUUCUGGAAAGCACAGACCAAGACAUGCUGCUUCAUGCUGGGAGGGCUAUUGGUCGCAUCUGUUAUGAUAAUCGUGAUCUUCAGGAAGAGCUGGUAAAGGUAGGAGUCAUCCCAUCACUGGUCCGAAUAUUGACUGAUCAUGCAGAGAGUGAACCACUUGUCCACGUUGACCUAUUGGCCUUAUGCAAUCUUGCAGACCUUGAUACAGCUAAGGAAGCUCUGAGCAAGACAAAGGUUGCUGAACAGCUGGUGAAACAACUAAGAAGAGCAGAGAACCAUGAGAGGUUAGAAAUCAUCUUUGAGGUCCUCCAAGCGCUUGCAGAAAAUGAUGCUCUGAAAGUUCAGCUGGUGGAGGCAGGUGUGCAAGAGGUCCUGUCCGACAUCCUGCUGAGGCUCCAGGGCAGUUCACAAGCUGAAGACACAUGCGUUGUGAAGGCCACAUCCGAUCUCAUCGUCUCUCUGCUUCUUGGAGAUGGCAACUGUGUACGAAUGGUACAGGUGGGAGUCAUACAUCAGCUUCUGGAUCUUUUGGAAAAACACGUGGAGAGUGAAGACAUCUCUGUUCAACAUGCAGCACUCAGUGCACUUCGAAACCUUGCUGUCCCAGUUGUUAACAAGGUUCAAAUGCUGGAGGAAGGUGUGGCAGAACGGAUUCAGGCACUUCUACGGUCAGAGAUGCCUCCUGCGCAGUUUAAACUUCUUGGAACACUACGAAUGUUAGCAGAUGGCCAAGCUGACGCGGCUGAAAUUUUGGGCCAAGACCCCAUGCUGCUGAACAGACUGGUGCAGUGGUGCGAUGUCAGUGACAACACCGACGUUUGUGGAGAAGCAAAUCGGCUCCUAGCAUCAAUCUUGCGUCACAACAGAUCCCAAGAAGUGGUCAAAGCAGUGCAGGAGGCACAAGGAGUGAAGCACCUGGUUUCCAUGACCAUGAGCAAACACGAUGCCAUGCAGAACGAGGCUCUGAACGCCCUGGCAAUAGCAUCUGCUAUUGAUUUAGAAACCCUUGAAGAAUCUUUCAAGGAAUCGCAGCUAGUACAAAGCUUACACAAACUUCUACAAGAUGAUAAUACGAGUGCCGAGGUGAAAUAUAAUUCAAUGAGUCUUCUGUGCAGUCUUCUUAAUUCAGGCCAUCUGAGACAAGAAAUAGAAGACAACAAGAUUAAAGAAACACUCGAACAGCUCUGCAGUCACAGCAGUGCAGAUGUGGUCAAGGAAGCUCUUUUAACAUUGCAGAUUUUGAAAGGAGAGUCACCCUACUAGCCCCCUUCUUCUACCAGAGCAGUCCUGAGCAGUUCCUCUACAGAGCAAUGCUAUUACUGAAGCAAAUGUGAUAAGAUGCCAGCUCUGCCAAUGCCACUUUACAUUUGUCAUGCUGCUGCACUGAUGCUAUUAAAGACCAGGUACAACCCCUGCUUUUCAAACUGUACAUAAAAUGAUUUGGCCUACAGAUAUCUUUAUUACUGCUGUUCUUCACUGAGCUACCAACACAUGCAGUAGGAAUAAAUUCUGUCAAUGUUUACAAACACUCUUGCUUAUGUGAGAACCAACAGGCAAUUACCACCUUUGCAAUUUAAGUUGCAUCAUAUUCUCAAAUCAGAGUAACACAAUUUUUACUUUAAGUGUUUCAAAACCAUGGUGAUUUGAAAAUUAUUAUAAAAAUCUAAAGCUUGGAUCAUGCAACCCAAAGCAAUUAAAAUUUAGUUUAGAUGUGAGCCACUGAUUAAACAAAGCAAUGGGCUGAUCAGUACCAAUUCAGCUCCUGCACGUUAUGAACGUAACCGUGCACCCUGUUGUUAACUGGAAAUCUCACAACCAUCCACAAAGCUGUACCUUCAAACCAACUUCCUCUCCUCUUCCUCCUUUUAAUUUCUGCUUUAGAAGUCAUCUGAGUUUUUACCUACUAAUAUAACAAACUGUACUGCUAAGCACAUGAGGACACAACGUCGUCCUGUGUUCAGAGAUACAACUAAUAUAAUCUGGAAUUAUACGCAGUCCAGACAGUACUUGGACAAGACACAAAUUAAAGCCAGUCAGUUGUGGGCAUGGGUGAAGAUUUGAAGAUGACUGGCAUUUCAGAAAGGUAUCUCCACUAAGAUAUUCUCCACUAAGAAAGGGAACUUCAUAAAACCACUCCAGACAAUUCACUUGAUAGCAUUAAGACAGAAUAUAGCAGGAUUAUUACAAGUUUUUGUUUUGUUUUGUUUUGUU